AUGUCGGGCUCGCGAGGGGAAUCCCGGUCCGGGUACGGUCGCAGACGCUCGAACACGGCCCAAUCCAUGCUCCACUCGCCUCCGCAUCUGCCCCUGGAGGUCGGGAGCUCCCAAUUCCUGAACACCUGGGUCCAUGAUCUGAAAGAUUCGGGCAACGUCAUUCUGAACCACGGGUGGUGGCGUGGUGUGAGCGAGGGCGAUAUGCUCCGUGUCACGAGCGCGAGCUCGGGCGGUGGGACGGACGGGUUCGUGUUUGUGGUCCCCAGGGAGGAAGACUGCAAGCAGGCGCUGCAAAUAUCGAUCCCGAAGCCCCUCGCGGAAGCAUUCAAAUUGAAGAACAAUAGCGACGUGCUUUUGACCAAGGUGGAUCCAGCUGAAUAUGUCGCGGAGUUCGUCGAAUUGGUUUUUCAAGACCAAUAUCUGGGGAGAAGUGACAUGUGGCGACUCGGAGAGCACUUGGUGGGCCAAUGUAUCUACACAGACCAGGAUAUCGUGUUUGUAGGUGGCAUCGCGGCCAGAAUCCAGGCCAUCUACGUCAGAAACCAAAAGGUGCAGUAUUCCCUCUCUCUUUGCGUGGGUCAGAUAACUCGACAGGUGCAGGUGUCUUCAGCAUGCGUCCACCCGUCCACAAAGACCAUCUACCGAUCACUCUCCGCCAAAAUGACAAUCUUUAUCCAAGUGUGCCGGGAACUUUGGACGUUCGAUGGCGAUGGCGAGCGAUACACGGAGAAGAUCGUGCAUUCGUUCCUCCCGGAUCUGCUGGCCAGGUGGCGCGACGCCAGCGCGAAUCACACUGUGACGAUCGUGCUGAUAUCUCGCGUGUACUAUGAUGUUGCUGAGCUUGACUACGCUGCUGGGCCGCUGCGGCAAGACGAUCAGGGCGGCUGGUACAAAGACUUUUUCAAAGUCAUCACCGACUUGGAGGUGAUCGCCGACUGGAAGCCCACACUUGUCAGCCUGAAGGAUUCCUUCUGGGACUUCCAGCGCGACAUUCUGCUGACUCAUCACUUCCAUACUCGAGGACUGACGGCUGCAGAACAAGUCCGGCUUGUCGGGCGGCUCUCUUCCGCGCAUGAUGGACCGCUUUUGGAAGCGUUGAACUUGAACCUGGUCCCGUCCGAGGAGCACUUCAUCGACCGUUCCCUGUCUCUGACUGGUGCGGCUACCAUCGUGAUCACUCCCGGGACCGGCCAUUAUCGCGUGUCACGGGACCUCUUGCGGCUGACGACGAUGCGCAUGCUCGAUCAAGGAUUCGGCGUCGAUCUGUUCAGUCUGGCAAAACACCCACUGCAUCGCUCUCCUGUGUUCAAUUUCCUGGGUGCGGAAGCCAAACCAGAAAGUGCGAGGAAGACUGUCGAUCCGCUGUGGGAUGAGGGGCCGGUCGAAACAGGCAAGGCAACGAGACAUUGGUGGGAACCAUUUUGGAUGUACAUCUCUUUCUGGGACAAACAGAUGGACCUACCUUUCCGAGAGGAUCGUUUCAUUGCCCGAGCGAGAAUGCACGAGAUACAAAUGCUGGGCCUGCUUGAGCACGACGUUGUUUCGAGCAUCGAAGUGCCUUAUCUCCCGAGCGGCUCGAUCGCAUCCGCUGCGAGCCCCAUCUGGGAUGGCGAAACUCCGCCACCCUCUGAGAACGAAGCAGUGCAGUUCGACUUGGAUGUCUUUACCCUGCGUCCAGCGACCCGCCCGCCAGUCAUCACAGAUCCCUGGCCUAGCCCGCUGCGCAUCUCAGAGAAACGGCCCGUGUCGUGGGCACAGCCCAAACUCGUCGAGGAGAAGGAAAGUCCCCGGUCGAGUCCCAGCAUGACCCAGCGAGACCUGGUGGAGGAUGUGACCGGGACCUCGCCGUCCCAUUCGUCCAUCCGCUCAUCCCGGUCCACGAAGUCUAUCGCAUCAUCGCAAAGAUCAGCGAAACGGACCUCCUCCAAGUUUGCGCCCUCCUGGUUCCUGACGGCGUUCACUCGCACUCCAAGCGAACCGGUGGCCAACAUCGUGUCGGCGUCGGCGGUCUCGAGUGCCAGCGGAUCGGCUGCCAGCACGAUGGCCCCAUAUCUACUGGCCCCGCCCCGCCCUGCUGCGGCGACCACUACACGUGCGCCGGUGCCGAUCAAGAACCCGCGCCCCUUGCAGCACACACCGCCACGUGAUGAGCCGACGUUCAGCAAGCGCCGGGGCUCGACCCUGACGGUGGCCAUGCCUCCGGCCUCAUCGGUGCCAAGCCCGCCGACGAAUCCGUCCCACCUCAAGACGACCGUGUCUCAAUCCCAGACGUCUCUGGCCCGCAGAUGGGAGCAUAUUUUCCCACGGCCUACAUACAAGCACGAGAUUAAAUGGGCCUCGAUCGUCACUCCGGCUUGCCUGCCGCUGACGGUCGAGCUUUUCCCGAGCCAGACGGAGCUCGAGACGAACUACGUCCAAGGCUCGUAUGACUUCGUGCUCGAUGCGACGGACAUCCAGUCGUUCAUGGUCAAGCCGCCUCCGGCGUCGUUGAACGAGGACGAGGCCCGGCGGCAGUGGGCGCUCGCUGUGAUGCGCGGCAUGGCCGCCGUCCGUCUGGCGCAGGGCUUCCAGUUCGUCCUGCGCACCCCCGACCAUGUCAGCGCACCGACGAUCAUGAGCCGGAGAAAACCGUUCCGGCUGGCCGAAGAGCAGUCGCGGGGGCCCAGCGGCGCCGCCGAGGUCCUGCACUCGAUCGACGAAGUCGUCUGGCUGAGUAUGAGCAACGAGAUCCAUCGCAUAUCCUAUGCAGACGAGGCGAUCCAGGUCAAACGCUACGUCCGCCGCAUGCCCAAGAUGGACCCCUUUGCGUACAAAUGUCUGAUCUGGCCCAAGAUCGGAAUCGGCUAUACCGAGCAUGCCACCGAAUUCAAGCGGAAUGAGAUGGAAGCGUAUGGCUGGAACGGGAUGGACAUGCUCAUCGCAGGCUACGCGCGCGAAUUCAACGAGUCUCUGCGCUACUGGCGAACGCGCUUCGUCGUCAUCCCCACCACCGAAUCGCCGUCGCACAAGCUCGGCCCGAACGGGGAAGAACUGAAUGACGAGGAGACACGCAUCCUGGGCAUCGAGAAGCUCGCAGAACAGUUCACCAAAGUGCGCUGGACCAGUCCCGGCGAGAGAUGUCCUCCCCCGCCCGUCAGGUUCCUCUGGACAACCUUGAAUCCUGCUGUGUCGGUCCUGGACGAGGCUCUCAUGGAACAGCUUGACCAGAUCCACACCGCCGGUCCUCUCAAAAAAAAGAUGAAGAGCGAGCGCGAGAUCGAAGGGAUGGAGCUAUCCGCCAUCGCCAAGGCUAUGAAGGCGGAAGACGGCCUGUCUAUCAAGCACAACCAGUGGCACCGUGUCCAGUAUCCAAAUUCAUUCACCGGCUACGACCUUGUCUCGUGGCUCGUCCGAGAGUUCCGGGACGUGUCAACCCGCGCCCAGGGCACUGAAUGGGGGAUAAAGCUAGAGGAGCAGGGUCUCAUUGAGCACUGUCGCGGCCACCACGCCUUUUUGGAUGGACAUUACUUCUACCGGCUGAAAGGAGAGUUCUCUGUGCCGAUGACCCCCAAGGGACUGGGUGGCUGGUUUGGCCCUCGCAAGAUUAUUGGAGGGAUCGCCAGUCCGCCUGCUGUCCCUCAGACGACGACGACGCGGGUGCCGAGCGCACGGAAGAAACGGCUGAUCCUGAGUCAGACGAUGGUCAUCGACAUCGACUCAAACAAGCGGAGUGAUCAAGCAGAAACCGUCAUUCUGCACCAUGACAUUAUCCACAACCCCGGCACCGUCUUCCACUUCGAGCUGCAGUGGAUCGGAACCACAGCCCGCUGCAUCGAGGACCAGCUGCGGCAGUGGAACCGCACCAUCGAGCGCUACGGGCUGAGGCUGGUCGAGGCGUAUGUGGAGCAAAUCAGCGAUGUGCGCAAGCGCAAUCCGUUCCAGUCGUGCUUUCCCAUCCCUCUGGCUGUCCCGCCCCCCAUCGUCCCGCAGCUCGACAAGCGGCUUCCCCCUGGGACCCACACCGCCCAGUACUUCGAGUACGCGCUGCUCCGCCACUUGAACUUCAUCAUCGACAUCGAGGCGGGGAAUCUGUACCCGGCGUCGGUCUCCGUGGUUUACUCUUACCGGCGGGACCCAUUCACGUAUUCCCAGUUCGUGCACCGGUCUGGCACGGCCUUCGUGCAGGUUCUAGGCGGCGCACAGGGCUUUCUCUUCCUCACGAACCGGCUGAUGGGCCCCGGGCGCAUGGCCGGCAUGAAGAGCCGCGAGUCACGCACUGCGCCGGUGGUCGAGGCGGAUCGAAUCAAACUCGAGUUGGAGGCGUUCUGCAGAGACGCGGAGCGCCUGAGGCGGUUCUAUGAUGACGAGAUUGCCGCAUUGGGGCCUGUGCCGAUUGAGGAACCACCGCCGUUGACUAUCUAGAGUACUAUGCUACAAUGGGUAACGGACCCCCGGAUUUCCGCACCAGAUGUUCCGAGAAUCGUUGCAUGGCGUAGAUCAGCGGAGACAGCAUGGUCAGGUACAUGUAGAGAACAAGCCGGCCCGAAUGUUUCUGCACUGUGGCAUCAUAGUUCUCUGUUCCCCGCAUUCAGUGACUUCAAAGGAAUGCCCGGACGGAUGAGACGCACUUUGCAGACUCGAUCGCAGAGCUAGCCAGCGAGAGGGUAUGUCGGUGAUGAUCACAUCUACGUCCCAGCUGGCCACCUGAAAGAAAAAGUAAGCGAAGGAGCACGAUAUGCCCACGAUUGACAGCCCAACCUCCAUCAUAUAUUCGGGUGAGUUGACCGUGAAUACGAAAAGGUGUUUCCCCGCCGCCUUUAUCUCGUCGCGGAACCUAUGAUGCAUCAGACGAGAUGCAAUCGACACGCCGGCCGCGAGACCCACCGCUUUCCUUCCCAAGUGGCCAGCGCGUUGAACCAGAUGCUGAAGGAGUCGACGUCGCUCCAGAAGUACUGCCGCGCGAUCCACACACUGAACGCAAUGCACGAUCUCCGGCAGUACGGCAGGAUCUCCUUGGCGGGCUGGAUGAACUUCGGGUGCCAGAGGCCCAGCACGAUUCUCGGGGCGAGCUAAGGGGUGGAAUCAGUCACCAGCAACACCUUCGCUGAUGGCCGAGAGAGUGCAAGCACCAAUGUUUCCCAGCCAGGAUAGGCCGAAAUGGACUCGUGCAUGAGCGUGAACAAUUUGGUUGGGUCGUUGCCCGGUUUGAUAUCCACAUCGAACUUGAUGUGCUGGUGUUCAGGCUAUCACAUUCAGGUCAGCGCAGAUCCUGAACAGGGGCUCGGGGUGCACCUUCAUCAGCAGUGCGAGUGUCUCCACGAAUGUUGGGAUCGACUGCGCGGGCUCUUUCUUCGUGCGGGCAUGUUCCAUGCCAUCCGGUCCCCACCAGUUCGUUUCGGAGAUUUUGCCCUUGUAGUUCGUCGUGCGAUCCAAGCCUUCGGGAAUGUACUCAGCGGGGGCGAAUUUCGGAUGGGUGAGAGUGAGUGAUGACACGCACUGGGGUCGUGGAACAUAACAAUGACAUCGUCUUUCGAGACAUGCACGUCGCUUUCGAUGCCUUCGACUCCGUCCCUGUGCAUCGGCCCGCCUUAGCUGAGAUAACAAACCAUCGUGCCCAAGGCUGACCUGAUAGCUCCCUCGAAUGAGGCAAGCGUAUUCUCUGGGAAGCGGGCGGACGCCUGGCGAUGAUGUUACAUGGUGGCCGGGACAAGAUAACCGGAGGAGAUCGCUCACGCCGCGAUGACCCCAGCACUCUUGAGUGGUGCUCAGAUCGUUUGGAUAUCUGCGGAGCUAUGGCGCUCUCACCUGGAAGCUUAUUCUCUGUGCUCAUGGUCGGUGUAGAGAACAACAGGCCAUGAUGUUGUACCAAAAUAUCUUCCAAUGGAAAGUGGGAGAACGCGGAAUAUUGAUUACUAAUACACGGUUACACAUCCGGCGAGUUGCGCGUGUUUCUUGACCCGCACUCAAGUUAAAGCGCAGUGCGAAUUCAGUAGGGGCCGAAAAAUAUACCCGCUCAUGAUCAGAGCUUGAAGAGCUUUCCUGGAAGUGUUUCAGCUCGGCAAUACAUCGCUGGAAGGAGAGUGAGAAAACAUGCAUGAAUUCGGAUUCCUCUGCUCCGGGCAGGGCUUCCAUAAGAUUCAGGAUAGGCACACCUGGCCAAGACCGACCAGGUUGAGGCGGAUCUUUCAAGGUCAAAACCUCCAGAGCUACGAUGAUAUCUUCCUCCAGUGAACCGAUGGUGGAAUACGGAUUGGAAGUCCGUCUUGCACUCGCCGUCUGGGGAACUCGCGGCGGAGUGAUCGGACGCUCGAUAUAUUCCAAAGGACUCUCAACGUCCUCUUGAUACUCCUGAUCGAAUAUCUCCUCUUCUGGGGGUACUGUCAGAUCUUUCAUGGGCGGAGGUAUGAUAUUCGAGUUCUCGCCAGGCUAAAAUAUGAUGUGAGAAGCCACACAAGUGAUCACUGACACCAAACUUACCGAGAGCGCCUGAGCACACAAGAUCGUCUCUUGUAUUGUGCGCAAGAGAUGUUCGAAGAUCUCAUAUGGGCUCUCGCACCGAAACACGUUCCGGGCCUGCACAAUCUUUAUCCCCUGCCAGGCCGCGACAUCCCCUACCACACGAACGUACGGAGAUGUCUCCCUAUACCCUGAUAAGACCCUUGGGGAAUGACGGAGUAGACCCGAGUGAUACUUGCAGCAUGUGUCGCAUCUCAUCGGGACCCUGCACGUAGACUUUGAUGCGACCAGUACCGUCAUCUAUGCUGAAUCCGACAGAUUUCGGGUUGCUGGUGACCGAAACAUCGUACGGGUUGCCCACCAGAACCGUCUGACAGGCAUGUAGGGGAAUCCGCUGUUGUAGACAUGUGCCGUACGUACCAGAGCUAGCGGAGUCCCUUCCAAGUCGAAAGGUGCUGUGCUGUACGCGUAUUGCUUUUACGCAAAGUGUCCUGGAGUGGGUAUGCUAUACUCACGAGUGGAUCUGCGUGGCUUUGUGUAAUUGGCGCACUGUGACAUGUCGAAUUCGGAUAUUCUGCUUCCCCGAGGAAGAAAUCAAGAAUCGGAAAUCGAGCGACCAAUUUCAAGAGAGGGGCAAAUUUUUACCUCAGAGGACAUGUGCAUUACUUGAAGACGACGGCAAGUAGCCGAGGCCUGUAAGCAGAGAUCGAGGUUGCGGGGAACUCACAAGCGAGUGCAUCGCCACUGAUGACGUCUGAUGUCAUUCACGUAUACGACUGCGUACAACACGCGCGCGUAGCUGUUCACUGAAACUCUAUUCUCCUCCGCCCCCACACCAUGGCUGACAUAGAGCUGGAUGAUCUUUCGAAAAGAAAUCGUGCUCCGCAAUCCCAGCCAGAGCCGUCUUUGUCAAGUGCCCUCCCCAACUCCCCAGAUUCGUCGUCUGAUCCCGUCAGUGCCUACUGGGCCUGGGGCACCGUGCUGCUAUUGACGACCAUAUCGAUCAUCCUCUCCCUCUCGCCGCGAUUCCUUCUCUUCAUCUCCCAGUCUGCUGACUCGGAUGGAAUCGACAAGCGUACCGAACUGACUGCUCUCGAGUCGUUUAUCGGCGUCCACGCCAGUGUAUGGCUCCUUGCUAUUGCAGCUUGUCUCGUCAUGAAUAUCCCGUCCGAGACUCACUUGCCGCAGCAACAUUUACCAGGACGGCAUCCGCUGUUGGUGCCGAUCACGGCUGCGGCGUGCACAUCCUCUUUCCUUGCGUACAACACGACACAACCUGUCGGCUCACUCAGUGGACUUGUUUUCGUUGGCAGCGGAAUCAUCGGUCUAUGGGGCCUUUGGGCGGCUGUCUUCGGUAGCGAAACAUCUGUCUCGAAGAAGACGGGGGCAGACAAGCACACUUCAGCGUUCAUGUUCGGCAACAAAUCUGCUGCAUCUAGCCAGAAAAAAGCGUGGUUCAAGAGACAGCGCCGAGAAUGAGUAUAUGAGUAGUAAGGAUAACAGCGUGUAAGUAAUACAGUGUGGAUCAUACAUAUAAAUGACGGAGUCCGUUACCCUCCCAUGCCCAUCAUCUUUUUCAUCAUGUCGCCCAUUCCAGGCAUACCGCCCAAGCCGCCGAGGCCGCCGAGGCCGUUGCCCAUAGAAGACAUCAUCCGCUGCAUUUCCUCCAUAUCCAUUUGAUCGCCGCCUUGGCCCUGCAUCAUUGCUUUCAUCAUCUCCUGCAUGCCGCCUCCGCGCAUUUGUCGUUGCAUUUGCUGCAGCAUCCCCGGAGGCAUCGCCCUCUGUGUUGUGCGUUAGGAAGGAAGAGCUGGAAGAGAGCUAACUGCUGCGCACCUGCAUGGCUUGAAUCUGUGCAGGUGUCGGUGCGCCAUUCAGGCCGCGGCCCUUGCCGCCAGCCGCAGCUUGCAUCUUCUGCAUCGCAGAAAGCCUGGGAAGGUGUGAGACCGAAGGAUGCAUCCAGUGGGUUCACUGUCACAGACCAUCCGUUCUUGCCACCCGCUUGCUUUGCCAUGUUCGCCAUCAUCCGAUACUGGACCAGCAACUCCUCGACUUCUCUAACGCUCGUUCCGCUGCCUCGAGCAACCCUGGUCACUCGCCAUGUCACUCCAGUAGGCUUCCCGUCCUUGCCUGUCUCCAUGAAGGGUGUGCCAUCCGAGUCGAGCUCUGCCGUGGUCAUGCUGUCUGUGAUGUAGAUCAUCCGCUUCAUUCUCUGAGUGCCCUCUUCCUCACUCCCUGCCAUCAAUUCCUGCGGUAAGCCUGGUAUCAUCGACGCGAUCUUGCUGAUGGGUCCCCUGUGCAGUUGUUGAGUGCACCGAAGUGGGAGAGACACUGGACUGCAUACAUAUUCAUCACGUUCUGUAUCUGCUCCUUCCAGUCGCGGAUACUCAGUUUUCCCUCCUCCAGUUUCUUGACCAUUUCUUGCUGCUUGUCCGGAUUUGCAGCAGCCAUGUCCUGCAUGUGUUCCAUCAGGCCUUGCAUGUCUCCCAGCCCGAGCAGUUUUGAGAUGAAAGGCUCCGGUGAGAACCGGUCAAGAUCGUGCAGAUGUUCUCCGACACCCAGGAAGAUGAUCGGCGUCUUGGUCACGGCAACUCUACAGCGGAUGAGGGAGAGUCACUUCUUGUUGCCUGUAGACACGCACGCUGAUAUAGCACCACCACCCUUAGCAUGCCCAUCCAUUUUCGUUACGAUGAUAGCCCCAAAAUUGGCACUAUCUUUGAAUGCUCGACUUUGCGCUUCAGCCGCUUGACCUACAAAACAUUGAGAACGGUGAGCAGGUGAAGGUGGAUAUGGAACAGUACCGAUGCUGGCAUCGAGAAUGAGGAUCGUCUGGUUGGGUUGAACCGCCUCCCCAAUCUGAACCAUUUCUUGGAACAGUUCCGACUCUUGCUUGUGUCGACCAGACGUGUCAACGAUGAUCACUUCGAAUCGCUCCUUCUUGAACUUUUCCACACCUUGUGCGGCAAUCGUGACAGGAUCUGUCUCCGUGUAGGAGCCAAAAUACGCUACUUUGGCCUUAGUGGCGGACUGUCGAGUCUGAUCGAAAGCCCCUGCUCGGAAAGUAUCAGCGCAGACGAUGGCUGAUUUGAACCCGCGUUUCUGGUAAUGAACUGCCAGCUUUGUGCACGUCGUCGUCUUGCCAUUUCCCUGCACCAGUGAUAGUCAGACGCAAGACGUACGUCCGAAGGGUGUGGUGAAUACGGACCUGCAGACCUACUGCCAUGAGAAUAUUCGCCUGCCCUUUCUUGGGCUUAUAUGGCUCCACCCCAGGAUCCACCAAAGCGACCAGUUCAUCGAACACGGCCUAUUCCAAGGGAUCUAGUUAUCGCCAAAAACGCACACGCAAUUCAAAUACCUUCUGUAUCAAGUUCUUCCUUCCAGAUUCUUUAGUUUUGUCGGCGGUAGCCUCCAACGAAGCCUUGACUUUCGUCUUGACUUUCUGCCGGAGUGACUGGACGAGUUUGACAUUGACGUCGGAUUCGAGGAGAGCGGUUGUGAUUUCUUUGAGUGUCGCAUCAACGACCUUUGCGUGUAUGAACAGAUAGUUUGAAUAGGACGUAGUAAACGGCGACGAACUUUCUCGUCGACUACAGGGGCCCGGUUGAGAGAAGAGAGGGCGGCAUUGAGCUUCCUGCCCAAGUCCGCGAGAAC